AACAAUAUUAAAUAAAAAAAACCACCAUAUAUUCAUAUAAAUACACAAAAACCUUUUCUCUAUCUUUUUUAUCUUGACUACUCUUUUGAUUGCGACGUGCCACGGAAAGUUCCGGUAGAGUUGUUCCAAUCGCAAAAAUCUCACCUUUUCGUGUUCUGGAGAGAAAUAUUAUUCCUUUGAGUGCUAAGAUGGCUAAAAGUUCAUUCAAAUUCGAGCACCCCCUUGAAAAGAGACAAGCAGAAGCAGCUCGCAUUAGGGAGAAAUAUCCUGAUAGAAUUCCUGUGAUUGUAGAGAAGGCUGAAAAGAGUGACAUUCCUGACAUUGAUAAGAAAAAGUACCUUGUCCCAGCUGAUUUAACCGUCGGACAGUUUGUGUAUGUGGUGAGGAAGAGAGUGAAUCUAAGUCCUGAGAAAGCCAUAUUCGUAUUUGUUAAAAACAUUUUACCUCCCACUGCUGCUCUAAUGUCAACAAUUUAUGAGGAGAAUAAGGAUGAAGAUGGCUUUCUUUAUAUGACUUACAGCGGGGAGAAUGUGUUUGGAUUGAGGUGCAUUGCUAACUGAUGCGUGUGUUAAUAAUCAAAGUUGACUUAAAAUACAAUUGUAAAUCUUCUGCUACUCAUCACUAUCGUUCCGCUGUGUUUCUGACAUAAAAUCAGACUCAACUGUUGAUAGAAUUUCGUCCUUUUUUCUUAGUUUAUGAAUAACUACGUUGUCAUCUAAUUUCUAGAUCAUUAACCUCGAGUUGUUUAGUGAGUUACAUGUUCCCUUCAGUAUGAUGCUUGGUCUUCAUCGGUAUUGUUGUUGAUAUUUUCGUUA